UCGAAACUCCCAGCACUGCCUCCGCCUAUUUCGACUUAUCCCCAAAGCCAGUCCCUACAGCCCCUCGGUCGUCGCCGCCCAAUAGAUCUUUCUCGAACACUACGCUGAUUGGAAAUGUGCCGGUUGUGGUCCUCUUGCCCGGCAUGGCUCAGCCUAUAUCAUACCCUACAGUUUCAAAAAAACAACACACCCGUUUACCUCAGCAUCGUCCACCUCUCCGUCGCGACAAACCCGUCCGAAUCUCACUCCCAGGGCAGCCUCCACGGUACAUCUUCCCUGCGACAGAGCGAUCUUUCAUCUUUAUCCCACGAGCGCUACGCCCUAACCAGCAAGCAUUCCGCGGGCGUCGGAGUGGAUUCAUUCCAGGACGGCGGCCUAGUAUCUAUGCAAGCUCGACAUACACUCCAAGCGUCAGCAUUAGCAGGAGGUCGUCAUUUGGCAAGCCGCCAUCUCAAGAAGGAUUCCACUCGCCCGCAGCCUCCGUUCUCUCGAGGCAGACGGUCGUGGCCACAGAUAACGGCAAGCCCAUUGUCCGCCUACCUCCACCUAGACCCUCAGCAGGGCUACCACCUCCGCCUCCCGGUCCUCCAUCGGCAAUGCCGCCUCUACCUCAACCGCAGCCUCAACCCCCUGUUUACCGGGAGAGUCGUCCGGCGCCCAUCCCUAUGCAUCAACCCCGACCCCAGAAAACAGUCUCUGUUGCGGACAUUGAAACCCCAGCAAGCUUCCCUUUUAAUCCCCCUCAGCCACAACAGGAGCAGCCGUUUCAUCACCAGGUCCCGAUGCCUGCCAAUGGACCCGUCUAUGGUCCAGAUGCUCCUGGUUUCCCUCUUUCUGCCCACUCGUCAGUGACGCCGUUGUCCCACAUACCCGAGCGUGCGAUCCAUGCCCAACCCUUCCAGCCAUACGGAUUUCAACAGCCGCAAGCCUUCUAUCCCGCCUCCUAUCCCUCUGGCGCUCUUUAUUACCCGGUCACGGGAACGGAGUUCCCUCCGUACAAUGCCGCGGUGGGACCUGGCACCUCUGUGCCUCCAUUCCCUCCGGGGCAACAAACGCCGUACAUGGUGCCUGGGGCGCAUACAUCGGGCGAACAACCGCCUCAGCCGGGCACUGUCGCACAUGAAGCAGGCGGUACGGUGUAUUUCUACGAUACCAACCAGAUGUACCAAAAUUCAUCCUAUGGAAUGCCGAAUGCUCCCGGGCCUGGUGGUGUCGUGGGCAUGGGCGGCAUGAUGACGCCCCCUGGUACAACCUAUUACUACCCCCCGGCUCAAAAUGUUUACUACGCCUCUCAAUGAGCAGAGCCUCAUGGAUAAUACUCGACUUGCCCUAUCUACUCUUUUCUUUUCUUUCUCGUGAGCUGCGAAAAUUUCUGUUUCUUUCUUCUGUGUUCAUUUUGACGUUCUGCUCCCCUUCUGCCUUGGUCUGUGCCUUA